CAUCAUCUUCAUAUCGUCGAUUUCAUAUGGAUAAUCGUUCAUUAUCACAACGUUUAUGGGAUAUCGAUAGUGGUGAUGAUGAAGAUGAAAUUGAAGAAGAUAUAAUUAAAGUUGCUGGUAAUGAAACACCACCAAUAAAAGAACAAUUAAAUGAUUAUCAUUCAAAUAAUUUUGAACAUGAUGAUAAUAUUUUAUUACAUAUCGAUGAUGAUGGAGACGAAGAAAAUGAAGAAGGAGGAGGAGAAGAAGAGUCAUAUAGAAAACAAUAUGUACAUGUAUAA